AUGACCUCCUCGAGCACAUUCAGCGCCACCGCCAUCUCCUCCAACGACUCCCUCUUCCCUGUAUACGCAGCCAAGCUCUCUUCUGGUGACCUGGAGCAGUACUGCUCCAUUGCCUUCAAGCUCACAGCAUGGCUCGACUCUCCACGCGCAUAUUACCAAGCCGCACGCCCCAACAUUGUCCAGCUUGUCGAGGCAAUGCGUCUACACAACCUUUUCCUUUGGACCGACGACCUCUUGUCCGACCUUACCUCCGCCACUCCCUCGGGCCCUCCCCUGGGUGUUGGAUCAGCAAACAUGAGCCCCGUAUUUGGAAAGUCACCAGUGGCAGGCCAACGACCUGUUCCUGUGUUUACCGUCCAACCUCUUACGAGAAUGCCCACCCAGCCUGUCCCCAACCAGAACUCCGCUCCUGCUCCCACUUCUACCCACGUGCUGGCCCCGAGGCCGCCUUCGUCAGCGUCUCCCCAUGUCCUUACUCCUCCUCUUCUACCUCGUAUACCAACUCAGCCCGCGGUUGAAGGUCCCUCUCCCAUCGCAUCUCCCCUCGAUCCCAAUGCUCCCAACAAACCAAAGCCUAAGCCUAGAAGGAAGCUCAACUCCGCACUCUCGUCCCUUCUCACGCGCGAUAUUGACUUUUACAAGCACAAGGUCAAUGAUAGCCCUGUCGGCAGCACCGCAGGCUUGCCCGAGGGUCGUAGGGAUAGCGUCGCAAGCGUACAGACUCAAGAUGGUGCUCCCGAUGGCGCGAGGAAAGAUAGCAUAGCAAGCGUCCCGGAUGUUCGGCGCGACUCGACGACGAGCCUCGGGGGCGCUCCCCCGCCUGAUACGCCCGCCACACCGAUACAGGUAUCACCGAUCCCCACUCCAGCCCCGCCGCCUUCUGCGCCCUUACCAUCCACGUCCCUCUCCGUAUCAACAACAGUAGACUCCACAUUUCAUAGUCCAGUGUCUGGUCCCCCGCCUGAAACCCCGCCCACGCCUGCCUCUGCGCCAGCAGCCACUGCACAACCCAUAUCUGCACCCUCUGGUUCUACUUCCUUCCCACAACCACACCCAAAAGCGUUGCACUUCGCUGCCGGCCCUCACUCAACGUCAUUUAUCGUAUCCACCCCGCGUCCAAAGAGCGGACUUCACCAGCAUGCACAGGGUCGGUUUUCUGCUGCAGUUUCACCGCGGCCUCCGCCCGCACCCCCAGUACGAUCGUCCUCGACACAUGUUCAGGGUUGGUCGCCUUCACUAUCGAAGGCGGAGGCGCAGCGUCGCACGCAAUUACCACCGCAAACUGCGUCUCGACAGCUAUCACAGCCAGCUCCAACCACAGCUCAACCUCCCUCUCAAACUGGGCCGAAACAACACCCAACACCCUCUCCUACGAUCUCGAAAUCCGUAGCUAUCACAUCCCUGUAUCCUUCGCCUCAACCACAACAGCAGUCUCUGCACCAUGCGUCAGGACCAACGCCAUCGCCGCUUGCACCUCAGCCUCAGCCCCGUCCACAACUCUCCCCUGUGGUCUCGACGUCUGUUCCUGCUGCAUCUCCCCAGCCCCCGCCUCAGCCCCAGCCUCAACCACAACCUCCAUCGCAGCUCCAUGUGUCAGCCCCAGCGUCAUCUCCGACCCUCGCCCAGCCACAAAUCCAGCCUUAUACCCCACCUGUCAUCGCGCUCGUACCGCAACCGCAGCCACAGUCGCAACCACAACCCCAGGCACACCCUCCCAAACCCACCAAAACAGCCCCCUCCCCAACCACUCCUACCGCUCCCCGCCCCGCGAACUCGGUGCACAAGCCGGUCACGGAGCUCAUGUACCGCCCCGCGCGGCCGAACCCCGAUUUUGUGCAGGGGCCCAUCUCGACGUCCCCCCCGCGCAUGCGCCGGCGCAUUGGGAGCGUGGAUGAGGGGACGGUGAAGGCGUGGGCGCGGGUCGAGGAGGAGCGGGUUAAGGCUGUUAGUGCGCAGGGGCCGGUCUGGGCGCAGGAGUAUGUGCCGGGCCCGUUGACUGCUGCACCGGAGGAGGUAGAGAUGGGGGUGGACGGGAAUACGGCGGCGGCGAAGGUCGAUGCGAAGGCAGACGCGAUCGGCGAUGUGAGCGAGGAUGCGGUGGUCAAGGGUGUGAUCGCGCGAGAUGUCAUCGAUCUUGACAGCCCGGUGGAAGAGAAACCUUCGGUUGUUGUUGCGUCUGCACCUGCUUCCACUUCUGACGAACCUGACAAGCUGCAGGACCACAAUGUAGCUGACAAAGCGUCGGCAUCUGACAGGGAGGUGUCGAAGAGUCUACAAGAGGAAGACGCGAAGGAUGUGCGAAUGGAUGUGGACGAUACCAAGCAGGAAGCACCUUCGGCCGUGGUUCCUGACCAGGUGCAAGCUCCGACAUCGGCGAAGAUGAAGGUGGACUCUGUGACCCGAGAAGAUGUUGUCAAGCCAGCCGCUGUGGAAGAACACAGGGUUUCUGAGACGUCGAAUGCUCCUAUGUCUGUCGAAGAAGGUAAAGAGACAGUGACAGCUGCACCUACUUCGCAACAGGGCUCCUUCCAGCAAGCAGAGUCUGGAGCAGCUAUAGUCUCGAGUCUAGCAGAAGUGAGCAAGGAGACUGCCCUCAUGAUUGCCCAAAAGUCGCGAGGUCAGGCCAGCUCUGUGGACUCGGAUUCAUCGCACUACCUCCCGGUCAAACACAGGGCGAUAGCAUUGUUGCUUGCGCGCAAACGCGGUGUCGACGAGGGUAACUCAAUGGAUACCCUUGAACCAGCUGACACUCAGAAAUCAGAGACAGAUGGGAUGGAAGUUGACGCCGUGGAUUCAUCCAAGGGCGAAGGCGAGGAAUCAGCUGUCCUUGCGGUCAACGGGCAUAAACGCGAAGCUGCUGCCGAUACUGCUGAACCGGACGAAGCACCGCGAUACACGUCGAUGUCCAUGUCUAUGUCGCCUCAGCUCAGAGUUAUCACCAAAGCAGACGAAGCCUUUUUUAAAUCUAAUGUACCACCAUCCUUACGCCCGGUGUAUACGAACGGCUUCACGCACUCUCCCCCGCCGUUCUUCGACUCGCCCGCAUUGCCGACUGUCGAGCCGCCCAAGAACCUCUUCUCGCUGAAGCUCAGGCCGAGGUCUCAGACGACGGUAGACGAGCUUGCCCGGACUGUGCUCUCUAAAGCCACUUUCCCUGGGUCUCGUUCUGCGUCUGUUUCGACGCCUGCAGUAUCGACGGUGUCUACGGGGACUAGCUUUGCCCAUACGAACGCGGUGCUGCUGUGUGCGGCGCCUGCGCCCCAUGUCUUUGAGGUGGAGUUUAGCAAGGGGCACAUUCAGCAGGUGCAGGUGUGGAUGAACGGGAGAGGAGGUGGUGAUGCGAGUGCUGUCAAGAACGGCGUAUGCCUUUCACUAGCAUGUUAUCGCGUACCGCGGUCUGUUGCGAACAAGAUUACGACGAACAAGCCUAUACCCCCUGCCGAAGGGCGGGACACUUCGAUACCAGAUGAGCUUCUCGAGCGGUCGUGCGACUGGCCUGCGCAACCUGACACCAUUGCGGAGCUCGUUGCCAGUAUACGAGGUGACGACGGGGGCGAGCCAAAUGGGAAGGGUGAUAUGGAUAUGGAGUGGAGUGUGCAGCUGUCGCCGCCUGUGAAGGUCACACCAGAUGGCUGCGUCGAUAUGUCGCGCUUCGCCCGCCCAGGUCGUACCACGUUCGACAUCAAGUCCACUUCAUUCAGUGCUUCCAAUCCUGAUCCUGACGAACCGGUGUAUCUGUACGCGUUGUACGCACACAAGCCAACGACCGCCCAGCUUGCUGCAGUCCAGAGACGCACGACGAGAUCACAAAGCAUGCUUGGCGAUCGACGGUUGCCCACUGGCUUUGAUGACUGGCAGAAAGCUAUUGUCGGGGAUACUGGGGGCGCUGACCAAUUCGCCAUAGGGGAGAAUGGGCACAGACACGCGAAAGAGAACGGACAGGGGCAGAAUGGCAACGAUAUGGAUACGGAUCCGGAUGUAUCCUUGGCCAGUAGUCUUAGUGGUCCCGUUGGGGUUGCAAUCGCCAUUGACUCGUGAGGCUUCUCUUUUUGCAUGUGCCGGGUGACAUUUUGGAUCAUUUGUUAUGUCUGUAUGCCGCAUGUCCGCGAUGAGCAUCGCCGUUUCUAUACACCAUUUCAUGGCCUUUUCGUAAUGAUUCUGAUAUUUCUUCCAUGUUACCCUCCUUCCUAGCACUAAGAAGCUUAAUUGUACCAUUUAGGUGCACUGUUUAUCUUUU